AUGGCUGAGGGGUUCAAAUUGUACCAUUAUGACCCAUCUGUUGGUUCUGCUGUCGCCUUUGCGGCAGUCUUUGGACUCACUACCGUUAUACAUAUCUGGCAAUUGGGUCGGAACCGAACCUGGUACUUCAUACCAUUUGUCAUUGGUGGUUUAUUUGAGGCAUUCGGCUAUUUGGCAAGGUACGCCAGCGCAGAGGAAGCCCCGGAUUUCACCACCAAGCCAUACAUUGCACAGAGCUUGUUGCUCUUGCUGGCACCUUCAUUAUUUGCGGCUUCUAUAUAUAUGGUUCUCGGCCGUCUCAUUCGUAUGCUGAACGGAGCCUCUUGUUCUCUAGUCAGGCCGUCGUGGUUGACCAAAAUAUUUGUGGCGGGUGAUGUGCUAUCAUUUUUCAUCCAGAGUGGAGGAGGUGGCAUGCUUGCUACCGCAAAGGACCAGUCGAAAGUAAAACUUGGAAACAACAUGAUCGUUGCCGGACUCUUUGUUCAAAUCCUAUUCUUUGGGUUCUUCAUUGUUGUUUGCGUGGUUUUCCAUCGCCGCAUGCUAGCUACACCUAUGCAUGCUACGGGCGAUACUCAAAUCCCCUGGACCCGUUAUAUGAAGGUCCUUUAUAUUGCCAGUAUCUUGGUCAUGGUCCGAUCAAUCUACCGAGUGGCAGAAUAUGUCCAGGGCAGCGGCGGAUUUCUUCAAAGCAAAGAGGCGUUCAUAUAUGUAUUCGAUGCGACGUUGAUGUUCAUUUGCUGUCUGCUUUUCAACUUCUUCCAUCCGAGCAAGAUUAUCUCGAGCUAUCACAAAACUCAGGAAGAUCCGGAUCUAGAAAUGUUGAAUCAUGGCGGACAUACCGGAUAUACAGGAGGACAAGCGAGAUACGACAACCUCUAA